AUGUCAAUUGAGGAACGACGUUAUAGAAAUAAACUUGCGUCUGCUAAAUAUCGAGCUAAAAAGCAAGCAAGUAUGAAAUCAAUGACAAAUAAAGUUUAUCAACUAAUGAAUACAAAUACAAAUUUACAAAAAGAGUUAAUUAAAAUCAAGCAAGAAAAUGAAGUCUUACGCGCCAUGCUGUUAUCUCAACAACGGCAACAAGUAGCUUCUUCAACGCCAUCAUCACUACCACGUCAUCAACAAAUAGCCUCGUUUUAUUAA